ACAAAAACGCAUUUUUGUACUCAUUCUUCGUAUCUCCUCGCGUUGUUCACGUCAAGUUACUUCGUUUCCACUUUGGGCCAUCCAUAACCAAGCAUUGCGGUGCAAUGGAUCUUAGGGCUCAGGUUCGCAACUACAACAUGACUCUGUCAAACAAUAAGACACCGCCGCCGAUUAAGACGGAAGGCAAGACGGAAAACCAGCACGUAAAGUCGCUUCAGUCGUUGAGCAACGGAAACGAGGUCCCCUAUGAUGCAACGCUUCGAACUGUUAUUCAUGAGGGCUCACGGACACCAAAGCUGCCACCGCGGCAAACCCAAAAGCACCCGUAUCUCCGCCUUCCGAUUUGGCCCCACCAGCGCCAGCGCCAGCACCAGCGCCAGCUGGGAGUGCCGGGCAGGGGGCGGGAGCCGGAGCAGAUCCAUGUCCGUCAGGGGCCGCCGUCCGCACCCUCCUCGGCGACAUCGGCGACGUCGGCGUCACCGCGCUGGGGUUCCGGGAACCGCGGGACAAGUACGACCCCGCCGGGGGGGUCGCUGACGGAGGAGGUCGGCGGGUGUGAUGACGGCGGAGACCGCCGCGGCGGCGGCAGCUGCGGCGGCGGCGGCGGGACAGUGGUGUCGUUCGACGAGUGUAUCCGCAAGUACGGCAACGUGCCGUCGCUGCGUGUGCUCAUCAUGGUCGCCGGCACGCGGGGAGACGUGCAACCUGCAACCGCCCUGGGUGUACGGCUGGCGAGCCAUGGCCACCGGGUACGACUGGCCACCCAUCCGCCGUACCGUGAUCUCGUGUACGGCGCCGGUCUGGAGUUCUUCCCUCUGGCGGGGGACCCCCGGCGCAUGAUGGAGCUGACGGUGAAACACAGGGCACCGAGACGGCCAGAACGGGUUUUCCGGUGCGGCAUCCUACCUUGA